AUGCGGCGCCACCAGCGUUUAUUUGACGAUGCAGACGAUUCAGACGCAUCGUUCUCGCCCGAGGAUGACACUAUCUUUGACGUGAACGAAGAUGAAGCGUCUGACGCAGAGACCGACAUCACCGAGAUCAACCCCUUUGAUGAUGUUGACGACCAUGUUGACGUCGAUGAUCUUACUCAGCUCCUUGACAACGUCCACCCUCCAGAGUAUUACCAGCGGAUAGCGGCAGAGGUCAAUGAGGGUGCUCUUGACGGUCAAGACUACAGUACUGGGACUGAGAAACUCCUCAACGCGGUUGAGGAACACUGGCAGCUCUUCUGCAAUAAGAACAAAUUUGGCAAUCCCCAUGAAUGCCUCCAAUCCGUUUCCGUCGGUAUACUCGCAAGCUUCUUCACAUGGCGCCUAGACCUGAAGACUGGCAAGGAUGAUAGGAAGAUGAAGGGCAUCAAAACAAGCAGUGCACUGGGCACAACCUGGAAGGUCUUCCGACUUGUAUAUGAGAGGGCCGUGGGUACAAAGCUCGACCCGAAAAUGAAUCGUCAGAUGCAUAGGGUCCUUCGAAAGCUGGCAAAGGAUCAUGACCUGAGCACAAAGAAGAGGGAGAACCGCUGCAUGACGAUCGAUGACCUCAAGGAGCAAAUUGAAGCAACGUUCACGCCGGAGUUUACCAAGACGUACCUCGGUACCAAGGACGCCAAGACAUUUACCGUCCCCGAGACAAUGUUUGAUCCAACCUUACUUCUUAGCCCCCAUGCCUUCCUCUUGGGCAUCUUGUUCCGGCAUCGAGCCUUUCAGGCAUCUAACCUCGUCUCAGCUGCGCAGCUGGACAACUUGGACAUCCACCCUGACGAGCGGGAGUUGCGUUUGCCACUCCGAGAUGACUUGGAUGACGUACCCUUGUUCCGCCGUGCCGUCAAAACCGCUACCGGCUUCGAGAUGUCACUGACAGAACCCAUCACGUAUGGCAUGAUGGCGGCAUGGAUUAAGAGAAUUGGAGAAAUAUUAGGCCGACUGUAUACUACCAUCUGCUAUAGCCUGCGCUACAACGCUGGCAACGAGCUCGACGGAAGCCCCUAUGCUAGCGAUGCUAUCCGCAACUUAGCGCUCGACCACGACAGUUCAGUUCCGUUCCAGAAGCAUUACCUCGGACGCCAACUACGCCUAGAUACCUGGGCGAUCAUCCGGGGCCAGAGACCGCAACAGGCGCUGCUGAAGCAGGCUUGUAGCAUCGGUCAUGCGAACAGCAAGCGGACGGCCGACCGAUUUGACGGCAGAGCAAGCUGCAUCUGUCAACACACCCUCGCAUCAGGAAGCUAACGGAACAGGUCCGACGACUGUCCACCUGGAUCGAAGAAACGCCAGGACGCCGUUCGGACGCUAAGGAACGAGAAGCAGAGGCUCAAGAGGGAGCUAUUACAACAAUCAAAGACGCCUGGACGGAUGAGCAGGCUGUGGAUGAUAUCCAAUCCCAACUCCAGGGCCGCGGGUUCCCCAAACCAUGGCCGUAGAUGCAACCUGUCCCCCUCAGCGUCCAGCACAGAAGCGCCUAGUUGAAGCGCUGACCGCCCCAGUCGAUAACACUCUCGAAGGAUAUUAUAGACGCAGGGACAACCUCAUCGACGCCAUCGUCGCUUACUGCAGCGUGGUAGAAGGCCGUACCGCACGUCGAACCAAUGUCUCGGCAGCGAAGGAGCCGUGUCCAGUUCUUAUUGUGGCCCAUCGGAAGAUAGCCC